AUGCUUCCUCCCAAUCUGCAAGGCGCGCCCAACCUAGAUGAGUUCCCUCCUCACUUUCCUCUUAGCAUCUCUUGUGCUCAUCGGAGCUGUGCGCAUAGUCACCGAUGUCUCCGGCUCAACCGGCGCAUGGAUCCAUGAGAUUCAUCAUUGGUUGUUUUCGCCGGUUUUUUACAAUCAUUUCGACGAGGAUUUUGCCAAUGCUUUUAGGAACGGAUGCAAUCUCUUUGAUGGGAAGUGGGCAUUGGAAGAAGAUGGUUCUCGGCCACUCUACACUGAAGAUAGCUGCCCUUACUUGACACAGCCGGUUACUUGCCAGAGAAACGGGCGGCCAGAUUCAACGUAUCAGAGAUGGAAGUGGGAGCCUCGUGAAUGCAAAUUGCCAAGGUUUGAUGCUUUGAUGCUAUUAAGGAGUUUGAGGAAUAAAAGGCUAAUGUUUAUUGGGGACUCUCUUCAGAGAACUCAGUGGGAGUCCAUGGUUUGCCUUCUUCAAUCUGUGGUGCCGGAUAGGAGGAAGUCCGUGUACAAGGAUCCUCCUAGAAGAAUAUUUUUUGUGGAGGAUUACAAUGCCACAGUUGAGUUCUAUUGGGCUCCUUUCAUUGUUGAGUCCAACAGCGAUCACGCCACAAAACACACUGUGCAGAAGAGGCAAGUGAGGUUGGAUUCAGUCGACAAGCAUAGCAAGAAGUGGGAAGGAGUAGACAUCUUGGUGUUUGAGAGCUACGUGUGGUGGAUGUACAAGCCUCUCAUUAAUGCAACGUUUGGAUCUUCUGACGUAAAAGAGUACAAUAUAUUUGACGCCUACAAAUUGGCACUAAAGACAUGGGCUAAUUGGCUUGAAUCCACAUUCAACCCCCAACUCCAGAAAGCUUUCUUCAUGAGUUUAUCACCAACACAUCUUUGGAGUUGGGAAUGGAGACCAGGAAGCAAAGAGAAUUGUUUCAACGAAACAUAUCCAAUACAAAGACCGUUUUGGGGCGCAGGAUCAAGUCUUGAGAUGGCAGGGACAUUGAAAGAUACGUUGCAAGGAAUGAAGGCGAAGGUGACACUUCUCAACAUUACACAGUUGUCUGAGUACAGGAAAGAUGGGCAUACGUCUGUUUAUACAGAGAGAAGAGGGAAGUUGUUGACAAGCAAGGAGAAGUCCCAACCGGAUAUUUACGCUGACUGUAUCCAUUGGUGUUUGCCUGGCGUCCCAGAUACAUGGAACGAGAUUUUGUAUGCUUAUUUGGUAUAUGAAAACUGAUGCAGAACAGCUAAUGAUCUAAAUCCUACAGAAGAUUUGAUUAGAGUUUUAUUAUUAGUUUUGAUUUGUUAGAGAUAAAGAUAAUUUUUCAAGUUAGUUAGGAUAUUCUAUUUCCAGAUUUUAAAAGACUUUUCUAUUGAGGCUUAAGUUGUCUAGAUUUAUUAUAAAAGCCUCUUGCUUUCUUCUUGUAUGGAAGGAUAUGGUCAAUAAAAGGAAAAUGGCAAUUCUUUUA